UUAAAAACAAAAGAAACCUGUUAAACUUGGAAAGCCUUCGUCGGAGUUGGAACUCAAUUUGGUCGGCCUCGCCUUCAUUCCAACCAAACCCUAAACGUUGAGAUUCCAUGGUACAACUCCUCCUGCGCGCCACAACUGGUUUCUAAGCGUAAAGAUCUGGACUGCAAUAUUUAGCUAGGCCAACUCUCUGGAAUCAUGGGAAGUGCAUUCAAUCCUCAGAUUUUAGUAGAGAAGCUAGCCAAGCUCAAUAGCUCGCAAGCGAGCAUAGAGACUUUGUCACAUUGGUGCAUUUUCCAUAUGAAUAAAGCGAGGCAAGUUGUUGAAACUUGGGCCAGGCAAUUUCAUUCUUCUCCACGGGAACAAAGAUUGGCUUUUCUGUAUCUUGCAAAUGAUAUUUUACAGAACAGUAGGCGAAAAGGUGCAGAAUUUGUUGGUGAGUUCUGGAAGGUUCUUCCAGAUGCUCUUCGUGAUGUGAUUGAGAGCGGAGAUGAAUUUGGACGUAAUGCAGCACAACGACUGAUUAAUAUAUGGGAAGAAAGAAAAGUGUUUGGUUCUCGUGGCCAAAUUCUAAAGGAAGAGUUUGUGGGAAGGCAGUUGGAAAGUAAUAGAAAUGGGAAGCAUUUGGUGGUUAGACCGCCUGCUGGAACUUCAUUGGACAAGAUAGUUUCAGAUUAUCAAGCUAUUUAUGGCCAGACGGAUGAAGACACUAUCUUGAGAAAAUGUAAGAAUGCUAUCAACUGUCUUGAGAAGGCAGACAAGGAAGUUGGUGGUGAUUUCAAUUCAGGGCAAUUUCAAGGAGCUGCUUUUGCAGAGGAAGUGCAUGGGCAUCAUGCUAUACUGAGGGACUGUAUUGAUCAACUAACUGCAGUUGAAUCUUCGAGAGCUACUCUUGUCUCUCAUCUGAAAGAGGCUCUUCAGGAGCAGGAAUUUAAGUUGAAUCAACUUCGAAAUCAACUUCAGGCGGCACAUUCACAGUCGGAAAAGGCCAGUACUUUCUGCCGUCAGCUAAUGAGUAGCAGCAAUAAUUUGCAGCAGACAGACCAGAGCUCUAAAGAACAUCAUACCUCUGCUGCACCUCACAGCUUUAUGGCAGUGGGUAGAGAGCAGUUAGCUCCAGUGAUGUACACACAGCAAGUUCCUUUUGCAGGAAAAUCUGUUCAUGAGGAAGAUCCUCGAAAGUCUGCUGCUGCUGCAGUGGCAGCAAAGCUAACCGCAUCAACAGACUCAGCCCAGAUGCUCUCUUAUGUCCUCUCCUCUCUUGCUUCAGAGGGUGUUAUUCAAGGGUCUUCUGGUGAUUAUCCAUCUGAAAAGAAACUUAAACUCAAUAAUGAUGACCAAUUGCCAUAUGUGUCCCAGAGUCCUAACCCAUCUGCAUCUUCUCCCUUCCCACAUUCUGAAUCUCUCCAGCUUAAUGUGUCUACCACCGGCCAACAGUAUAUCCAUACCGAGCUGCCACCUCCUCCAUCUUCUCCUCCACCUUUGCCACCGUUACCACCAGUGUCACAGUACCCAGUAUCCCAGUAUAUGCAGGCUCCUGGGCCAACAACUUCUGUAUCUUUUACUUAUAGCGUGGCCCAGCCACAGACAUCCGCAGUACCUGGUUAUACACCAGUAGGAGCUCAACUUAAUGGGCUUCAACCUUUGAUGCCACCAGCAAAUCCAUAUCAGAAUUUCCAGGGACCAGAUGGUAAAUUUUACAGCCAACAAUCAUCCAUGCAAUUGGCGCCAAUGUCUAGGCAAUGAGAUUCUCAGUUUGAGAAGGGAGGAGGGCUCACGCUGAAGUAGAUAAUUAAACACCUCGGUGUUACAAAAGUUUGGAAGCUUUCCUUUUUCUUCCAGGAGUGGGAAGUUGAUUGCUUGUGUGCUUCUGAUUACCUAGCUAGCUAAUUAGAUCUGCACAUAGUAAAUGUCUGUAAUUUGUAUUUUCAAGUCAUUAAUUUGUGGAUUUAGAAGCUAUCCGUUGCCUGUUGAACGGAGAAUAGGAUAAUGAUGCAGUUGUUGCCUGAGAUAGAGAUGAGUUUAGACAGAAGACCUAACUAGACAGUUGCUGUAGUUUCUUGUGGACCUAUAUUCCCAUCUGUGAUUCAGUUCAUUAUAUAGAA